AUGGCCGAUGGGGAGGCUGACCCGGCAUGGGUUCGCCCUUUGAAGCUCCAUGUGGCGGUGGAUGCUUUCUCCCCCGGCGCGGCACAUCGCGCCAUGGAUUCAUGCAGGGAGCCGCUGGGUCUCGACACCCUCGCGCGUGUUCUGCCAGCCGUGCUCAAGCAGCCACAACUGAAGGCCCAGCACCGGGCCUCCCUGGCGAUGCGGCUGAGGCGGCUCCUGCAUGAAUGCAUUUCCAUCGGUGACGCUUCGGCACUUCAAGCUUGGGAUGCUGCCCUCGCAGCAUCUGCGGCCACAGCCACAGUGCAGCCCAGCGCGGGCAUUGCAGAAGGCCACAGCGCUUGGUGCCCCGUCCUCGGCUUCCUGGCUUUCCUGGAGGUGCUGGAGUCGGGACUGCCUGCCGUAAGCCGCAGCUUCGCGCGGCUAUCUUUCAGCGCCGCCACGACAACUUCAGGAGGAUCUUGGCACAGCGAGGCCGCCACAUCCUGGACCAAGCCUGGGCUGGGGAGUGGCUCCAACCGUUAUGCGAAGUCUCCCACUCGUCGAUCUCGAUCCGACUGUAUCAGGUUUUGGGCACGGCAGAGGGUUCGCUGUGAUUGCAGCAAAAGGCCCGUUUGCAGGCACCAUCGAGGUAUGGCCCCGGCGGGACCCAGCUGA